UGUGUCCCUUCCCCCGCGGGCUCCGGCAGCCUCGGAAGCUCGGGCGGCCGAGGCCGGAGUCUUUCGUCAGUCGGGGAGGGUGAAGUUUGAAAACAAACUGAGGGCUCCACAGCUCCGGAGCUCCAGCCAACAGAUGCUUUGGAGGGGCGGCUCGAGUUUGCAUUUCAAAGAUUGUUUCUGGACCGUCUUUUGGGUUGCCUGGAAUUGCGUUGCGGUUCCAGAGUUCGUGCGCUGUGAAAUAGUUACUAGGUUUAGGGGAUGCUUUGGAAUAGUCUUAAGCAUUUUAACUCUUCCCACUGGCCCCCUAGGAAUCCCUUAGUGCCCUGUCAUUGUCUUCUCUAAGCGACUUAGGAUCGCACCGGCCACCCUGCUUUGAUUACUUCCUGGUAGGGCCCUGGUGCCGCUAGAGUCUUUGUUUAUUAGCUCCAAGAUGAUCACCGGUAGCUUGGGUUAUAGAGUAAAAAUUGGAUUGUGCGCUUAAGAAUUUCCUUAAGUUCGUUUGAAGAAAUGUAGAAAAAUAGCGAACGUACGAUUUAGCUGUGUGACAUUUCUCAAUGUGGGUCGGAGCUGGGGAAUUAGAGAAUGUUAACACUUUUGACAGGUUACUUCUUAAAGGGUGAUUAUGUUCUUAGAGAAAAAAAAUGGUAGUGCUACAAAGAGAAAUGUAUUCUAGGAUAAGGAAUAGAAACAACCGCAGGUUUAUCCCCCCCCCCCCAAGCAUUUGACGCUUUGCUGCCUUUGUAAAGUCAGAUGUAUUUUUCCGCAUGAAGCCUUUAAAAAUGAACUAGUUAAUUGGUUUCACAGGGCAUUAUUGCAGUUCUUUUGUGAGGAUCCAGGCAUUUGUGUAAAUUAGCUCUUACCUAUGAAUGUAUCUUCAACGUUGAAUGUUGAAUAUGGAACUACAAAAGGUGUAUCACAUCGUUUUACAAGUUGGUGGUACGUUAGCUGUAGCUGCGGUGCGAUGACUGUUGUUUAAAUUUUUUCAAAAGAGAUUUGAAAAAAAUGACCAAAGUAAACAACUCGGAAAAGCCUACCUCACAAGGAUUGGGGCAAUUAGGCUCAUCUGUAGUAAACUACAAGAAUACAAACUGGUCAAUUAGCACACUUGUGGAUUUUUUGUAGGUCACACCGAACUUAAAGAUGGCUUCACUGGGCACAUGCAUCUGAAAAACCCGAGAAUUAUCCGAGUGACAGAUAACCUGCUGUGAGUCAGUCUUCCCUCUGUCAGCCAGGGAGUCCUCUUGAUUGUGGAACAGGGAGGCAGAACAUCAAGCAUUUCUUGAGGAACUCACUUAAUGGAAGACAGCUGGAUUCGUUAUCUGCCUCUCUAUAUCAUCUCUCAGCCGUCACACUUCAUGUAGCCUCUGGAAAACUCCACUGCAUGCUCUUGAGAGAAUGAGAUGUGCCGCUCCAACAAAAGCCCCUGGGUCUGUUUGACUUGCUCAAGUGUCCACUGUGGAAGGAUUUGGGGAACCUGAAAAUACUUUGUACAGUACAGAUAACUUAAUAAAAAAAAAGAAGAAAAAUAGAAGCAUUUAAAUUCUGCACUUGAAGAGACAGAUUCCUCUCCUAGAUUUUGAGAGGGAUGUAGAACUGGCCUUGAAAUUGAUCCUCCAUACUUACUGCACCAGUUUUACUUUCCUGUAUCUAUCUUACUUUUCCAAAGGUAUGUGAAUGGCCAUGCAAAAAAACAUUAUGAAGAUGCACAAAUACCCUUAACCAACCAUAAGAAGUCAGAAAAGCAAGAUAAACCUCAGCAUACUGUGUGUAUGGAUUGCAGUAGCUACAGUACAUACUGUUAUCGCUGUGAUGAUUUUGUGGUUAAUGACACCAAGCUGGGGCUGGUGCAGAAAGUCAGAGAACACUUACAGAACUUGGAAAACUCAGCGUUCACAGCUGACAGGUAUAGGAAGAGAAAACUUUUGGAAAACUCGUCACUAAACAGCAAAUUAUUAAAAGUAAAUGGAAGCACCACUGCCAUUUGUGCUACAGGUCUUCGGAAUUUGGGCAACACGUGUUUCAUGAAUGCUAUCCUUCAGUCACUCAGUAACAUUGAGCAGUUUUGCUGUUAUUUCAAAGAACUGCCUGCAGUGGAGUUAAGGAAUGGAAAAACAGCAGGAAGGAGAACAUACCACACCAGGAGCCAAGGGGACAGCAAUGUGUCCUUGGUAGAAGAAUUUAGAAAGACACUUUGUGCUUUAUGGCAAGGCAGCCAGACUGCCUUUAGUCCAGAGUCCUUGUUUUAUGUUGUUUGGAAGAUUAUGCCAAAUUUUAGGGGCUAUCAGCAGCAGGACGCCCACGAGUUCAUGCGCUACCUUCUGGACCACCUACACUUGGAACUUCAGGGCGGUUUCAAUGGUGUUUCCCGAUCGGCAAUGCUGCAGGAGAAUUCUUCUCUGUCUGCAAGUAACAAAUGCUGCAUAAAUGGGGCAUCAACUGUUGUCACAGCUAUAUUCGGAGGCAUUCUCCAGAAUGAGGUCAACUGCCUCAUAUGUGGGACAGAGUCCAGGAAGUUUGAUCCAUUCCUAGAUCUUUCAUUAGAUAUUCCAAGUCAGUUCAGAAGUAAGCGCUCUAAGAAUCAAGAAAACGGACCAGUUUGUUCAUUACGAGAUUGUCUUCGCAGUUUCACUGACUUAGAAGAACUCGACGAGACAGAAUUAUAUAUGUGCCACAAAUGUAAAAAGAAACAAAAGUCCACAAAAAAGUUCUGGAUUCAAAAACUUCCCAAGGUGCUAUGCUUACAUUUGAAAAGAUUUCAUUGGACAGCAUAUUUAAGAAACAAAGUUGAUACCUACGUAGAGUUUCCACUGAGAGGCCUGGACAUGAAAUGCUACUUACUCGAGCCCGAGAACAGUGGCCCCGAGAGCUGCCUGUAUGACCUCGCUGCGGUGGUGGUGCACCACGGCUCUGGGGUCGGCUCUGGACAUUACACAGCCUACGCAGUUCACGAAGGCCGCUGGUUCCACUUCAAUGACAGCACUGUGACACUGACUGAUGAAGAGACCGUGGGGAAAGCAAAGGCCUACAUCCUUUUUUAUGUGGAACACCAGGCCAAAGCUGGAUCAGACAAACUUUAAUACCUCUCCAAAUCAUUAUGCAUCAACUCUGCCGGACAAACAUUUCCAAUUUUCCAUAAAUACUUGAUCCAAGAUUUAAUUUCAUUAUGCACUUUUCAAUUUCCUGUUCUGGAUUUAGUUUUGUCAGUGGUAGUGACUUACUGAACGUGGGCACCAACUAAUUUUUUGUUGUUGUUGUUCUUACCAGAAAACCUCAGCAGACAUUUUGAUUUGCUGCUUUAGUUGUAAUAAUUCAAUUUUUAUAUGUAGUUUCAAGAACUUAGUUCUAUUUGACUUUUUUAUAUUAAUGUUUUCAAUUCUCACUCUGAGGCACAUUUACAUCCAUGCUUUUGUUACUCACAUGCUGAAAGAGAGGGGCGCUCCUGGGUGUGGCGAGGGACGUAAGGCCUGCUGCUGCUCCUCCACGCUGAGGUGACUUCCACUUCAGGAUCACAGCGCACAGGGUGGUGGCCCAGGAGGCUUCAUGGUGACCGCUUGGUGAUCACUGACUGACUGUAAAGAUAGCAGGGCAUCUGGAGGUAGCUCAGGUAACUGCUGCUGUUGGUGGAUCAGCACUAACUAAAUAAACUUGUUGGUUCAGUGGUUA